CCCCCACUUUUCUUUUGGCGCCAAUUUCUUGCCCUAGCUAUCACUCCCAGUCCCAAAUCGAUCACAACCUAAUCGAUCCCACCCAGGGUUUCACUCUUCAGUUCAGGUAGACCUCGAAAAGCCUCAAUCUUUCUGAAGCACCGUCGCGAAUGGCCGAGCCUCGGGCCAAGCGCCCCAAGAUUACAAGAGGUGAAGAUGAUUAUAUGCCGGGAAGCAUAACUGAGAUUGAGCUUCAUAAUUUUAUGACCUUUGAUAAGUUGAAGUGCAUACCCGGAUCUCGUCUAAACCUUGUGAUUGGACCGAAUGGUUCUGGAAAGAGCUCCCUCGUGUGUGCAAUAGCACUGGGUCUAGGUGGUGAGCCGCAGCUGCUUGGGAGGGCGACCAGUGUUGGAGCAUAUGUGAAGCGGGGGGAGACGUCGGCUCACAUCAAAAUUACGUUGAGAGGAAACACAAGGGAAGAGAAUAUUAUUAUCAUGCGUAAGAUUGAUGCACGUAACAAAUCUGAAUGGUUGUACAAUGGAAAAGUGGUGCCUAAGAAAGAAGUAACUGAAAUCAUUCAAAGGUUUAACAUACAAGUCAACAACUUAACUCAAUUUUUACCACAAGACCGUGUCUGUGAGUUUGCCAAAUUAACUCCAGUGCAACUACUAGAAGAGACUGAAAAGGCUGUAGGUGAUCCUCAACUGCCGAUCCAGCAUCGUGAACUUAUUGAGAUUAGUAAGAAAGUGAAGAGAAUUGAGCAAGCUGUUGAAAAAAACGGAGAAACUUUGAAUCAGAUGAAAGCACUUAAUGCUGAACAAGAAAAAGAUGUUGAGCGUGUCCGUCAAAGAGAAGAACUUCUUGCAAAGGCUGAGACCAUGAAAAAGAAAUUGCCUUGGCUAAAGUACGAUAUGAAGAAGUCUGAAUAUAUGGAAGCUAAGGAGAAGGAAAAGGCUUCAAAGAAGAAGUUGGAUGAUGCUGCAAGAAUUCUAAAUGAUCUUCAAGAACCUAUUGAGAAAAAAAGGAAAGAGAAAGCCAUAUGGGAGUCGAGAAGUAAACAAGUAGGCAAACUCAUUAAUGGGAAUGCAAGCAAGCGCAGGGAACUUUUGGAAAAGGAAGACCGUUUGGGGGUACAAGUACAAGGAAAAUACAAACAAAUGGAAGACUCAAGGAGGGAAGAAGAAUCUCGUCAGCAAGAAAUCUUAAGAGGCAAGGAGGAUCUAGCUGCUGCUGAACGAGAACUUGAGAAUCUGCCUCCUUCUGCACUGCCCACGGAUGAACUUAAAAGAUUAGGCUACCAAAUUGUGGAGCUAGGAGGCUCUGCAAAUGCAAAGAGGGCCCAGAAAUCAGAGAAGGACAAACACUUAUCUGAAAAGAAGGCAUCCCUACACGCGUGCUUGCACAAGCUGAAGGAGAUGGAAAGUGCAAAUAGUAAACUUUUAUUAGCCUUAAAAAAUACCGGAGCACAUAAGAUUUUUGAAGCUUAUAACUGGAUGAAAGAACAUCGACAUGAAUUCAAUAAGGAGGUGUAUGGCCCUGUUUUGCUCGAGGUUAAUGUGUCCGACCGUCGUCAUGCCGCCUAUUUAGAAGGUCAUGUUGCUCAUUAUGUCUGGAAGUCUUUCAUAACUCAAGAUUCUCGUGAUCGAGACCUUUUGGUCAGAAAUCUCAAGUCAUUUGAUGUUCCAGUUUUGAAUUAUGUGGGAAAUGGAAGUCGACAAGAACCCUUUCACAUUUCCGAGGAGAUGAGUGCACUGGGGAUCUAUUCCCGGCUGGACCAAGUUUUUGAUGCUCCUACUGCUGUGAAAGAGGUUUUGAUCGGCCAGUUUGGCUUAGAUAGAUCAUACAUUGGAUCCCAGCAAACUGAUCAGAAAGCUGAUCUGGUUUCCAAGUUGGGGAUUUUGGAUUUUUGGACUCCAGAGAAUCACUAUCGGUGUUCAGUAUCUAGAUAUGGUGGUCAUGUUUCUUCAAGUGUAGAGCCAGUGGAUCGUUCUAAACUUUUUCUGUGUGGUCUGGAUACUGGAGAGAUCGAAAGACUGAAAUCUAACAAAAUUGAGCUUGAAGAAUCUGUUGCUACUUUACAGGAAAGUGUUAGAUUGCUUCAGAUUGAGCAAAGUAACAUUGAGGAUGAAGAAGCUAAACUUCAUAAACGGAGGGAGGAGAUACAAAAAAAUAUCACAAAUGAGAAGAGAAGACGACGUGAUUUGGAAAAACGUAUUGAACAACGGAAAGUGAAGUUAGCAAAUAUGGAGAAGGCGGAUGACGUGGAUACCACUAUGGCAAAGCUCAAAGAACAUGUUGCAAAACUUAAUAUUGAGCGCUUUCAUUCGGUAUUGGAACUUAAGGGUCUACUUGUUGAGGCAGUUUCUUUCAAACAAAGUUUUAUUGAACAGCACAUGGUUGGCAUUGAGUUUGAUGCACAGAUAAGAGAAAUGGAGGUCAAUAUCAAGCAGCAUGAAAAAACUGCACUUCAAGCAACCCUUCAGCUUGAUGAGAGUAAGAAAGAAGUAGAGGUUUGCCGACAGCAACUUUCUGCUGCUAAAAAUCAUGCUGAGUCCAUUGCUAUGAUCACUCCAGAACUUCAGAGGGCAUUUCUUGAGAUGCCUACUACAAUUGAAGACCUGGAGGCUGCUAUAGAGGAAACUGCUUCUCAAGCUAAUUCUAUUCUAUUACUCAAUCAUAAUAUACUGAAAGAAUACGAAGAUCGUCAGCGUAAGAUUGAAGCUAUUGCAACAAAAUUGGAAGAAGAUAAAGCGGAGCUUAUGAGGUGUAUAGCUGAAGUGGAUAAUCUGAAGGAAACUUGGCUCCCAACAUUAAGAAACCUUGUUGCUCAGAUAAAUGAGACUUUCAGUUGGAACUUCCAAGAGAUGGCUGUUGCAGGGGAAGUUUCAUUGGAUGAGCACGAUAUGGACUUUGAUCAAUUUGGAAUACUUAUAAAAGUAAAGUUCAGACAAGCAGGACAGCUUCAAGUUCUUAGUGCUCACCAUCAAUCUGGAGGGGAGCGUUCGGUCUCAACCAUACUCUAUCUUGUUUCUCUUCAAGAUCUUACAAAUUGCCCAUUUAGGGUGGUUGAUGAGAUAAAUCAAGGGAUGGAUCCUAUAAAUGAAAGAAAGAUGUUCCAGCAAUUAGUAAGAGCGGCAUCUCAACCAAAUACACCCCAGUGUUUCUUGCUAACACCGAAGUUGCUACCGGAUCUAGAAUACAGUGAAGCAUGCACCCUUUUGAAUAUAAUGACUGGCCCUUGGAUCGAGCAACCUGCAGAAGUGUGGAGCAGUGGUGAUUGUUGGGGAAAUGUCAUGGGCUUGGUAGGGAAAAGCCAAUGCUGAAUUAACAGUUGCCUUUAUCCAUCAGAAAUGAUCCUGUUUAGUCCAUAAUCUGAUGGCUCUGUACAGUUAUUUUCCAAUUUCACCCAUCUAAAUCAAUCGAUCUUACCCUUUUUGUAAACACAACCUUAACAGAUGUAUCUUAGUUGCUGAGAGGCUCUAGGAUCAGUUCAUAGGACUGCCUUGUAUUUUUGGAGGAAUGCCUUAUGCAGCAAGGAAUCAAUUUGGGCAAUUAGCAUGCAAAAUAAGGCUUAUAUUUAUUUGGAGCAGCUUAGUUAUAUUAAUUCUUAUUGCUCUUCAGCGAUCAUUGAAUGCCUUGAA